AUCAAAGUGUAGGGAUUAACUUCAAAUUUCACUAAAACCUGAAGACCCAAAGACUACUCAAAGCUAUCAGAUUGGAUCCGCAAACUCAGACGCGCUCUUCCUCACACCCCUCAUUUGUGGGUCUACUCGCAGCUCCAGCUUACCGAGGAGUGGUGAUGGAUCCGAUGGAUGAAUCCCUUAGGAAGCAGAUAUUGGCUUUGUUGAGAGUUAUAAAUGUGACGAGGUGCUGUAAGGAGGACAAUAUUCCAUGCAAGAUUGAAGAGGGUCUCUUCUUGGGUUCAAUUGGAGCUGCACAUAACAAAGAUGAACUUAAGAGCUUGAACAUCACUCACAUCUUGACUGUGGCUAGUUCAUUGGCUCCUGCUUAUCCAGAUGAAUUUGUGUAUAAGGUCUUGAAUGUCAUGGACAAAGAAUCAACAGACCUGAAACAGCACUUUGAUGAAUGUUUCAAUUAUAUUGAAGAAGCUAAAAGAUCUGGUGGUGUCUUGGUUCAUUGCUUUGUGGGAAAAUCCAGGAGUGUGACCAUUGUUCUUGCUUAUCUGAUGAAAAGGCAUGGUAUGAGUCUAAAUGAAGCUCUUGAACAUGUGCGGAGCAGACGGCCACAGGCAUCUCCCAAUGCUGGUUUUAUUUCACAACUGCAGGUCUUUGAAAGGUCCAUUCAUGCAAAUGAAGAGAACAAGAAACUUUGAAGGACUUCAACUAUACGAGGAAAAUACCUUGAAGAACAUCGUUUACUCUAAUUACCAAGAUGAAACAUUUUGUGAUAUAGAACUCCUAUAGUUUACCAAAAAAUAGAAAGAAUGAUGAGCCAUGUGCUGGUGAUUAGAAUUUAAAGUAAAUUGUAAAUAACCAGGAUACAGUGUAUUGCUUAAUGACUACCCAUGAGAAGAUGAUACGAUACCAAAUGAAGCAAGAA